UUUUCAUUAUCUGCUGUAUCAGGCCCGAACCGCGUGCAUCUUUCCCACACUUACUAUCAGCUUACACACUGACGAAAAGUAAUAUGAAGUGGAAGCAAUUCGCUAAGCUCUACAUCGCUUUACUUCUGUUGGCCAACUUUCACCAGAUGUCGUCCACGCCAUCGUCUAAAAAAGUAAACACAAGGACUAAGAUGGACGACCCGACAGACAACUACGUAUACGCGUGUCUCAAGUAUGACUACCAGGUUCAUGAAGCCUUAGCCUCUACAAAGCCACCCUUUGACAACUACUUCAACAUUUCCCGUGCUAUCUAUCCAUCCGAAGAUGUAUCCUCUAAACUUGUCAAUAUCUGGGUGCAUUUUACCAACUCCUCUGUUAAUCUGACAGAGGUAAAUCAACUGAAGUUCAUUUGGAGUCGGUCUUGUUUGUACGUGAGUGAUCGAUACCUUAGUCUAAGAGCAAUGGGUCUCUAUUCCUUGUUUACCAUUUGGCCUGACAGGGGGCAAGAAGACCUUCAUAUAACACUAUAUCAGUUUUGUGAUCCACGGCAGACAAAGAGAAAACUUAUUAACUUUUUGUCAACGCUGGAGGACAUUGCAAUAAGUCCAUCCUCGUUCAACCCAUCGCUGAACAGUGUUGAAUGUGUUGCAGACGGAGGUUACGAAAACCACCUCAAGAACAUUAACAAGGCCUUCCCUCAAAUCUGCUGGCUAAUCCUAUUUUCUUCUCUAAUAGGAAGCAACUUAAUACGCAUGUUAGUUUUAAAAUAUUGUAGAGGUGAAAGUAGUAGGGCAAAAUCGAUUCUGUCAUUAGUAUUUGUUGUUCUCUUGUGUGGGACGAUUGUUGCUAUCGUCGCUGUUAUUUACAGUAGGCAGGCCCAAAUCAUUUAUCCUUUAACGUAUCUUUUAUUCAUUCUUUUAAUUUUUUUACUUUGUUCUGUUUAUUACUUGUUUCAGGCGGGUAACGAAGAUAACAAAAUCAAUAUCGUGUGUUUAAAAUUUGGAAAUGACGGAAAACUACAUUCGGAAAGUAUAUUACUAUGGACGACAUAUCCCGGAAUUUUUAUAGCCGUUCAUCACGCCCUAUGGGUGAUGAUCGGUAUUAUUACUGAGCCUUAUUGGGCCCUACCAGUGGCAACAUCAUUCAUCAUGUUUGCAUUUUUAUUUUAUGUUUUGUCUGCGCUUUAUUUCUCGCCGAAGUAUCCCAAAAAGUGGGAUACUUCUGCGAAAAUUAACUUUGGAUUCAUGAUUGCUGCAGGCAUUUCCGUCGUGAUGGUUCAACUCUCGUUUCUUUUAGUCGGAAAUCAGUUCUUUGACGAAAGCCUGCUCUCAAGUGCUAUUCAGAGCGCUUUGGUCGUCAUGAUAAGCAUUUGGUUCCGCUCUAUCAAAGACGAGAAAGCUAAUCAACAAGUAAGUUAUGCAGGUAACAACAAUAGAAACAUUGAAGCGAACGAUACAGGUCUACAACUGCUUGAUCGUGAGUGAAUGUUUAGAAUACUUCGUUAAACCUUUCGCCCAUCAUAAAACGUGAAUAAACUUCAGGGUGUGUCAGAAACCACGAAAAACACUUCUUUGUGCGUCUUCUUCUCCUGUUGCGAGUGUGUAAAGAUAUUAAAGUAUACCUUCGUCGAUAGUUUGAUUGAUUUUUUAGGUAAAAAAUAGAUCUUCCUUUGCAAAAGUACUGUGAUGGAUAGAAGCCAGCACAGGUUGUCUUGUUUCUCUCGAGGACAUAUUCCGAAGAAAAUAAAGAAAUGGCAUCUUU